CACAAGCACAAGAAAGAGGUAUACUGUUAGUUGUAGUGUAAACUUACAAACGAAAACAGAAAACUACAAUAAUGUAAAAUUUUAGUGAGUGUGGUGUAUAAUGGAAUCAAUAUCCAAACAGAUGAUAUACUAAGUGAUGUUGUUGGCUCUCCUUUGUGGUCACUACUUAGACGAUGGACUCCCUAGAAGCUCAGCUUAUUGAAGCUGUUAGGUGCGGAAAUAUUGAUGCUGUCCAAACACUACUUGACAAAGGAGCGCGUGUAAAUUACUUGCCAAGUAGGGGUAAAUCAGCCCUUUCCACUGCUGCUGUAUUGGGUAGUGUUCCCUUGAUACAAGUCUUACUGGGUGCUGGGAAAACCGAGAAACCAUUAAAAGACGAUUGCCCACCUAGAAUAAAACUAGAAAAAAAACCUAGCAGCUUUGACGAUGAUAAGGAAAACUGUAACGGUUGCUACCAAAGUGUUCGACCGAGUGAGAAACAGAAUUUAGGAUAUUACAUAUUUGUCCAUAAUGACGACCACAGUCACGGAACGUACGACAGUGAUAGAAACAAAAACGAAAAUUUGGACGCUGAAACGCCUGACGGGAUGGAUGGUUUGGAAUGGGACGUAGAAGUGGAAGGGUUUGAGGAGGAUGAUUCAGACGAUGUGUGGUCUAAUCAGUAUCGGUGGUACGCGAACAUUCUGGAUAAAACUGGAGGCAUUACGGCAGGUGAGGAUCCAGAGUGUGAUGUGAACCUGCAAGACUACAUAGGACGCACUGCAGUACACUAUGCUGUUGAGUAUUGUCAAACAGACACACUGCGAUUCCUCUUAGCAUCAGGCUGCAAACCUGAUGUGGGAGAUGCUGAUAAUGUUACUCCUCUUCACAUCGCUGCGAUGCGUGGCCAUCGAGAGAUUGCCAACCUACUGAUCAGCAGGGGUGCCAACGUAAACAGCAAAACCACAGACAAGAUGGCCGCUCUGCACUAUGCAGCGGUGCGUGGCUUUGUCUUCAUUGUGGAGCUACUGGUACAGGCUGGGGCUGCUGUUGAUGCCUUAGACUCCAACGACCGGACACCACUCAUGCUAGCCGUCACUAGGGACCAUUACGAGGUUGUGGAAUUGUUAAUCUCAUGUGGGGCGAAAGUCAACUUCGAGGAAAUACAUGGAUACACACCGUUGUGUGAGGCAGUUUGGAAAAAAUCAGUGGAGAUGACAAGUUUGCUACUGCGAUCGGGUGCCAAGAUGACACAAAGUCCAUGUUUGUUGCACUACGCAGUGCUGCAUCGGCACACAAGCAUGGUUGAGCUGCUGCUGAAGAACGAUGCAUAUGUGAACCUGAGGGAUGAGGGUGGAGACAGUCCUUUGCUGGUAGCUGUUGGCUGUGGCCACCUGGAGACCAUCAGGAUACUGCUACUGUACGGAGCAAUCCCUAACUUGCCGAACAGCCUGACUAAUAUUACUCCUCUUCAUAAAGCCAUAGACCUAAGUCAUGUUCGUGGUCGAUUCGAUGAAAUACUGAAGCUACUAUGCUCGUACAAUGCGGACUUAGAUUUUCCAGGAGGUGGCGUGGUGAGCACACCUCUGGUUCACGCUCUGCUGUCACACAACCUAACCUGUGCGGUGUCUCUGAUACGAGCCGGAGCUGACGUCAACAAGUCAGGGGACACCCGCUGCAUGUGGCCUGCACACCGCAGGUUCACACUGGACUACCUCAAUGAAUCUGAUUUAGAUGUUGCACAACUAAUAGUAGCGGCUGGGUUUAAACUGGAAAACUAUCCACUAGAAUAUCCCAAGGACUUUUCAAAUGUUCCGAUGGACAGUUUCAAAGGAUGGCUGACUCAUAUGAAGUUCAGCCCCAGAAGACUUGACGACCUGUGUAGGCUCAACAUCCGCAGACAAUUGGGAAACAAAGCUCUCAUUGAGAUUCCCCAGAUGGAGAUACCGCACAUGCUGAAGAGGUUUCUGUUGUUUGAAGACAUUUACAUAAAAAAGAGAAAUAGAGGUUUAAGCGAGCCCAGAGAAGUGUCCUCCUUCCCCCUUCAUUAUCUAAAUGUAUUAGAAUAAAUACUAGUAGUGCUGGGGACUAAAAUUUUGUUCGAUACGGGACAUUUUUUCCUCAGAACUUCUAGAAAAUAUUUGGAAAUAUAAUUUUUAGCGUGUGAAAUUGGGUGAGACUGUACAACACCAGAAUAAGAUUAAUAAGUUAUUUAUUUACUGGGCAAGGUGUCGUUGAAUAGAUCUUGGCACGUAGAUUUGCCAUCAAACAAAACAUUUUGAAAUUCCAUCAGGUCUCUGCCCCGCUGGCCUUCAAAGUGAUUAUAUCGAAUAGGUAAGGAUGAUUGGGUUCAGGUAUUUGCCGCGAUCACAGAAGACUAUGAUAACAUUUCCGUGACCGCGGGAGGCGACUAUAAUCUCUACAAAACGCAGGAGAUGCUCAGGAUUUUGCCAUGAUCGCGGUUGACGAUGCCAAUUUUCGAAUCAACGGUUACUUUCAAGGCUUGUUAAUUCAUCUAACUGCGAUAAAUUGGGUCAAAUAUACAUAUGUUGAGCAUUUAGCAUUGUUUAAAGAGUAAUAAGUGUAAAAACAAUAAUGAUAUUAAUUGCGUUAGUUGCCAUUCAUCAUUGAUCAUUCAAUGAAUAAAAUAUUCCCCAUACUGUACGUCAUCGGAGUUAUUAUUAGUAUGUUAUGUGGUGUAUCUUCCUUUGGAAGAACGUUUAAAUAGUAUCAAAAUCGUAUUGAUGGAUCUUUUGUAGGUACACACUUUCCUGAUUUCAUCAGUGUAAUAUGAUUUUAUUUCAAAAGAAAAUAUUUUUUUGGGAAGACAUAUUCUAACUUUAAAGGGAGGUAUAUCCGUUACAGCGUAAGUUUGAUUUUUCCUUUGUCACGUCGCGUCAGUUCAUAUCGUACCUCUGUGCCAAUGAAUGAACCCUCUAGCAUAGUUUUGAGAAAUUAUUGAUUGUGGGGUUACUGUUAAAGCUGGAAUUCCUUGACAUGGGGGAUGUCAGUUAGUUGUCUCAGCCUUAUCAAUAACAUAAAGUUGUCAAUAUAAUCUCUCUACGGAAUAUUAGGUGUAGUGGAAUACUUGAAGUGAAGUUGGCUUUUAUUCUUGUACUGUUAGGGGCCUCCUCGUUUAUUUGGUCGUGCGGCUUCAUAGGCAACAAAUAAUGCAAAUUACAUAGCAAUGGGACAUUUCCAAAAGCAAAAAUACUGUAAAUUGGCUGUUACGUAUAUAUUGACGU